AUGAGUUUGCCAAUUAUUACGUUUAAAGAUUUUUCUGAUGUAAUUGGAGUUAAAAAUAUGAAUAUGAGUCGGGAGGAUGUAUCAAAAAUUUAUCUUAAAUUUGUUUUAAAUGAAGAACGUGGUGUCUUAGAAGAAAGUGAUGCCUUAGAAGAACGUGCUAAUAAAUUGGUUUAUCAUAAGUAA